AUGCGUCUACUCAGGAUCGGCACUUGGAGAAACAACCCUGCCUCUUCCUGGCUCAUGCAAUUCAGUUUCCUUUGGCUGCUUAGCCAGCACUGUUGCAGAGCCAGCGCUGUUUGGACUGCUUAUAUGAACAUAUCAUUCCACGUUGGGAAUCGCAUGCUGUCAGAGUUGGGGGAGACUGGAGUGUUUGGAAGAAGCUCUGCUCUGAAGAGAGUGGCGGGAGUUAUCGUGCCUCCAGAGGGAAAAACGCAAAAUGCAUGUAACCCCAGUACCAGUUUCAGCAGAACUCCGAAGAACUCGGAGACAUGGCUCGCACUUGUUGAACGGGGAGGCUGUACCUUCACGCAGAAGAUCAAGGUGGCCGUGGAGAAGGGAGCUAGCGGAGUGAUCAUCUAUAACUUUCCAGGAACUGGCAGUCAGGUUUUUCCCAUGUCUCAUCAGGCGUUUGAAGACAUCGUUGUGGUGAUGAUUGGUAACUUGAAAGGCAUGGAGAUUUUGCAUUUAAUUCAGAAGGGAGUUCACGUCACAGUCAUGAUUGAGGUGGGAAGAAAACACAUCAUCUGGAUGAAUCAGUAUUUUGUCUCUUUUGUGAUCGUCACAACCGCUACACUAGCGUAUUUCAUCUUUUAUCACAUUCGAAGACUUUGGGUAGCAAGGAUUCAGAGCAGGAGAUGGCAGCAGUUAACAACUGAUCUCAAGAAAGCAUGUGACCAGCUUCAACUUCGGGUACUUAAAGAGGGGGACAAGGAAGUAAGUCCGAAUGGAGAUAGCUGUGUAGUUUGCUUUGAUCUCUAUAAGCCUAAUGAUACAGUUCGUAUUCUGACUUGUAAACAUUUUUUCCACAAGAACUGCAUUGACCCCUGGAUUCUAGCCCAUGGGACAUGCCCCAUUUGCAAAUGUGACAUUCUUAAAGCUUUGGGGAUUCAGGUGGAUGUUGAAGAUGAAACAGAAUCUUUGCAAGUUCUAAUGUUGAAUGAAUUGCCUGGUAUCCUAUCACCUCGUGAAGAGGGCACAAAUAAUGAACUUCCUCCUGCAGGAAGGUCAAAUAAAGUGACCCACCUGGAGGAGGAGAAGUACCCUACCUCUCAGAACGAUGGCCCGUCUAAUUCAGUAGCAGCAGACGUUCAUUCUCCACCUUGA